AUGACAGACACCGAUAAGAUUUUUCUGACACAAGCACUGACGGAAGCGCGCCAUGGAUUUGAUCAAGGCGGAGUACCGGUUGGAGCGGUCAUGGUACGUAGUGGACAGAUUGUCGCCCGUGGAAGAAACAAGCGGGUGCAGGAAAAUGAUCCCGUCAUGCAUGGCGAAACCGAUUGUCUGAGAAACGCCGGGCUAAUGGAAGACUACAAUGACACAGAAAUGUAUACAACGCUGAGUCCUUGCAUGAUGUGCACUGGUGCGAUUCUGCACUUCGGGAUCAAGCGCGUGGUUAUCGGAGAAAACAUAAAUUUUCCAGGCAAUAUCGAACUCCUGCUGGACUUCGGUGUUAAAGUGGCACUUGCAGACGAUCCGGCCUGCAAAAAUUUGAUGGCACAAUUUAUCCGGAAAUAUCCCGAACUGUGGUUCGAGGAUAUUGCCGGGCGCAGUCAUACUUAG